AUGUCAAACGAUUUCCCUUCCUCGCCUGCGAAACGAGUCAAGACUGCCACUUCAAAUGGUGGUAGCAGUCCAAAACGCCAGUCUCCGAGGAAUAUCAAGUCCCAAAGAGCAAUCCAAAUUGAGAUGCCCGAAUCAGAAGACGAAGAACAAGGGCUGGAGGAUGGAGGGCUCGACCUUGCUGCUCCUCCGAGAGCCACGCAGCUAGAGGCCACCUUGCCGCCGGUUCAAACAGAUGAAGAAGCUAUUGAAGCCUAUGAGGCUUACAAGGCGAGCGAAUAUGUACAUCAAGAGCAAGACCGGACUGAUUGUAGCACAACGUCAUCUCGACCGAAAUCGCCAUCUUUGAUCGGUAGACGCAGUUCCAUCUAUGUGGAUGCAUUCAACCUCGCAUUGGACACUGUUCUCGAAGACGAACGUCAUCUAUUCAGUGAAGCUGAGCUGGGCCUCUUCCGCACAUGGAGAGGACUCGACUAUGACGCGCAGUAUCUCUAUGUGAGGCUGUUCUUGCGCAAAACGAGCAAAUGGUUCCGCGUAAAGGAUUUGCAAUAUUGCAGUGAUGUUGCUGACAUUCAUGCCGCGGUGAAGGAAUUACAAAAGGAGAGAGCAUUACCGGCUGUCGAGGCGGGACCAGCGAUGCAUCCGGGAGAAUUAAAACCGCCGGAAGGAGCCGUCUUAGGCGAAAUAUUCACCUUUGCCGAAUGUUCCUCAGAUCAGAUCAGGACGUUGGAUGAAGCAUCCAGUCUUUUACUUUUGGAUGAGCUGAAAAGUUUAGCCAAGGAAGCCAAAGUGAAAGGAAAGAACAAGCGCGAAUUGUUACAAAACCUUCGACGAACCAGUGGCAGACAGAGCGGACUGGGUUUCAAAGAACUACGACGGGCAGAAGCCGAGGAGUCCGCAGGAAGUGUCAUGUCUGGGGACAGUCGGUCCGUCUGCGAUGAUGGUGAUGAUGAUGAAGACGAGAGUAGUGGUUCCAGAACACCAAAUCAUACCACCAACAACCGAGACGCCCAUUUCACCAAAAAAAUCCUCGAUCAGACUGGACGGUGUAUUCGACUUUCCUUGACACCUCUCAAACUCUUCGAACGGGCCCAUCUCGUGUUCUACCGAAGUACCGAAUGGACGGAGAAGAGUUUAACGACGUUGAUUCUGGCCCAGAUCUCCAGACGGAAUUUCCCAGAGUAUAUCGUCAGUCGAUCGACGACAAUAUUCGAGUCCAGAGCUUUGUUGCUCGAAUUCGAAGCCAGCCUUCGCACCCAGUUUCGGGUUGAGAGUAUUCUUGAAUUCAAUGGCACCCCUGGGCGUAAAUCACUCGAAGAGAUCAGGGGGAUUUUCGAGGCUGUCUAUCCUCGCUGGAAGGUCCUGUUGGCAGAGGAACAACGAAAAGAAGAACGCGUCCACCAUAGUGGAGAGGGAGUGUAUCUUCGUCGAUUCAGUCCUGCUUGGGUCUACACGCGCAUUGUGCACAAGGCACUACAUCCUUUGGCGAGAUUCAAAGAACAUCUUCGAGAACAUCAGCUCUUGACGGAGCUUUUGGACCAACAGCUCUUCCACGCCUCGAAACGAGGAGCGUGGUACCAGCGGAAAGCACUCUUGGAGGAACACUACAUGCACGCGCUGACGCCGAUGGAGAACCGAACAGUCGAAGCGAACAAGAAGCACUGGAAAAGAAUCGCCCUCCGGACUUGUGAACAGGGCCUUCAAGAUAAAGAGUGUCAUGUUAUUUAUCACUACGAUUUACAGAAGCGGAUCAAGAAGCUGGAGAAACAACUUCAUUUACCAUUGAGAGAACAACAUGACUUUGGCCAUGUGAGGCUGGGCAAGGCCGUCGAGAGGGAUGUAGUGGGGAUCAAGAUCGAGACGGACAAAGAAGACGUACCGUCCAGAAAUCUGAGUCGAAAGAACACCGUCAACACACCGACGACAAAUACCAAAGACACCCCGACAACUACGACAAUCACCCGUCCGGUAACUACGACCAACAAACCACUACCAACCUUACCUAGUUUCUCUGGCGGCGGCCCCGGCACCAAAACAAUCUGGCUCGAUACCCUCGACACCCAACUCCCCGUAAGCGUGGAAGCCAUGUGUCUCUCCCACUACCGGCACGUGCUGGGCUAUAGAGGCUACCACAGCGAGGGCGGCAUUCUACGCACCCUUUUCGGUCUCAUAUUCUACGAUAUCCUCUUCUUCAACCCCUACAUCCCCAAUGUCUUCCAGACCCCUUACCAGACAUGCCCUUUGGACCUGCACACAGAUGGCUUCUUCUCCUCGCGCAUGCCCGAGAUUUUGUCUCGCGUCAACCAGCUUUCGAACGGUGAAGCUGUUGAUAUCGCGCGGAAGGUGUGGGACGAGAACUUUGAGCGUCGAACCUGUAUUGUGGGCGUCAGAUGGGAUGAGUUUGAAAGAGAUGAUUUAUUUGAGUUGCUCGAGUGUUUUGAUGGGCAUGCGCUCGGGACGAUCAUGUUGGUGAUGGCCCAGGAAUAUCAGAACAGAGCUGGUGGCGUGCCUGAUUUGGUGCUUUGGAAGAAAUUUCCUCCCACCUCAUCCUCUUCAUCUGCAGGAGAUCAAGUCCACGGUGAUAGUGCGGCCUCUCAUGAGCAUCAUUCGGAUGAACGUGAACACGAAAAUGGACAUGAACUUGAAAACGGCCCAGAACAUGGCAAUGAAAAUGCAGCCGCAAAUGCGACCGGGAAAAUGAAAGGCGAAGUCCUUUUCGUUGAAGUGAAAUCGGCCAACGACCGGCUUAGCGACACACAACGCCUAUGGAUUUCCGUCCUCCUGGGCGCCGGUGUCAAAGUUGAAUUAUGCCAUGCUGUUGCUGGGGAGGUGAGGAGGGCGUAA